CCUUCGGUUAUGAAAAUAAAAAAAAUGUUUGUAUGGGUAGUUUCGUUACAUUCUGUUCCUUAUUGCGCAUAUAACGGAUAUGUUAUAAAUAAUCCACCGUGUUCAGAAUAAACAGAUUGAAUUUGGAGUGCUAAACAUUGCGAGUGGUGAUUUAUACAAAUGUGUAUGAACUGUGUUUCUAUAGUUCCUUUUUGACUUUUCUGUUCAAAUACACUUGCAGAGGGACUUUGAUCAUGUCUCCGCCGCUAAAUGAAGCGCACUAAAAACAUGAGCAGGCAAAGAUUGUCGAAACAAAAGUUUGACAACUGUCUGAAACUUGGAAUUGCACUACAAAUAACUAAAGAUGGACUGGUAGACUAUGUAAAUGAAGGAACAGCUCAGUUCUACGACCACAUCGUACAGAAGUUACAAACAAAAUCGUCAUGUAACGUAUGUCGAACAGAAAAUGUACUAGAAUGUCCAACGCCUGGUAUCUGUAACCGAAAACAUUGCUCAUUCCAUAACUCUGUUAAGAAACAACCGCGUAAAUGUCCGAGAAAUACAUGCAACAAAGUCAGAGAUCAUAUACAGGAAUCACAUCGAUUCGGGCAUCCUUCAUGGCAGAACACCGAUGCAACACAAUGGGUAUCCGAUUCAUUUCAAAUUGCGAACUGUUUCGUAUUAUCCGAUGAGUGUUCGGGCAUUAAAGCGAUAAAGGAUCUGGGAUUUGACGGUAUCCUGAGUAUCAUAACAAACAACCAUCACUUCCAGAAUAAAGUUAGUGCAAACCUUUCGGAAGAGGGUAAUGUUUUUUCCAAGGUCAGGAAGAUUGGGAGGAUGUUUCACCUACAUGGAAGUCUUUUUAUAUCGGAUACAGAUCUUGCUGGUUAUUUACAUUUGCUUGAAGCUGUGCUGACAGAUUCAAAGUGUUUGCUUUAUGACAGAAAAGCUCAAAAUGCGGUAUUUGAGCUAAAACAGUUGGAAGCAGGUACAUUGACGAUAAGUUCUGGUAGGCUAAUUGCAGUCAUAAAUGAUGCUCUUGCAGUCGAUGAAAGAAAAGCUUCAAAACUCCAGAGCAGCAAAGGCAUGGAAAAUGUACACAAAGUAAAGUUAAAAUUACUAAUGGAGCUAACUGACCUGUUUAUGUUUCCAGCAAAGAAACUUAAAUGUUCUCAGAUUGGAACAUUGUUGUCGGAAAAACAAAGCUUGAUUGAUGACCUUAAAGAUGCAGUUAAACAGUUUCAGAUAUCUUUAGAUAAGGAAAGGUGUACAACGUCAACACAUUUGCCGGCAAAAUCACUGUCUGUUGGAAAGCGGGAUCGAAACGCUCGUGAAGAAGCGCUAAGAAGUGAGUCUUCCAAAAGGUCGAGAAGGUCAUCGGAGAUGAAUAGACAAACGUUUGAGGAAGAUAAAACAGAUUUCAAAAGGAAUUUGAUUGAUUUCUAUCAAGAACGAUACAGCACACUUCCACUGUCACCACUUAUACGAAAAAACAAGGCGCCAUUGUUGGAUUUUUAUGUAUCGCCCACAAUUUACAAAUCAGAUUCAGAAAAAGAGCUGUAUGGUGGAAAAGAGUAUUCCGUUUACAGGGAGAUAGAAAAUCUAGAAGAUGUUUUUGAUUCCAAAUCAUUACAUCCAAAAAAGAAUAUCUGUCUAGUGUCUCCUCCAGGUACUGGUAAAACUUCUUUCGUUAAAAAAAUAGCAUUGACUUGGUGUCAAGCACAUUAUCCUGCCAAAGGUAAGGCGGCAUACUUCAAAGCUCAGGAUUUAGAAACCAUGAAGCGUUUUCAGUUUUUGUUUGUAAUAUUCCUUAGAGAUGUACAACUUGAAUGUGAAGAAGACGCUAUGAUACAAACAUGUUUGAUACGUCAGCUUGAACUGGAGUACAAAUAUGACAAUGAGUUCCUUCAAAAUGUCUUGCACGAGGAAACCUGUCUUAUUAUUUUGGAUGGCUUAGACGAAUGGAAACAUCCAAAAUUGUCAAACAGCUUUUGCCGACAAACUCGAUCCCAUAUCCCACACAGAAAGGUUCGCUCUAAGUGUACACAUCUGUCAACGUCAAGACCUUGGAUCCUAAGUAAAGUUCUUUGUGAAAAUAUCGUUAUUGAUCAACACUUAGAAAUGUCAGGACUUGGAAAAAGCUCUUCGAAAAACCUUAUUCAAAAUGUCAUAACAUACUUAAACAGACAUGCUGUCCACAAAGAAAUGACGACUGACAACUUCAUUAAUAUGCUGUUUUCGAAAGGACUUCAGAAAUUUGAGUCAAACCCAAUUAUCCUGAUGCAGUUAUUAUGUCUUUGGUUUGAGGGGACCGACCCAGGAGAAUCCCAGAGCGAAAUAUACAGCAAUAUACUGGAACUGCUGUUCAGACGAGCAGAACAAAAUGAGACAUACCAUGGACAGAAAGGCAAACAUCAAAAGAAACUCCCAACCUGCUUUAUGAAAGCACCAACAUGCAAACGAAACGCCAAAACGUUACAUUCUCUAGGAAAGCUUGCAUUUACGACUUUAUUUCCUAGAAGUAAAGAAUCCUGCUUUGUCUUCGAACGUGCCCUUGUGAAAGAACACUUAGAAGAGACAGAAGUACAACAGUGCCUACGAUCGGGGAUACUUUGCCAGAACGACGAACUUGGUAAACUUGCAGACGAAAGAGUGAACGUUUCCUUUCUACAUAAAACAUUCCAAGAGUUUUUUUGCUGCAUUGUACCUAACAUCAAAGAGAAUCCUUCCUAA